CUUCUAAUCGGGUUUGGACUAAAACACUCCAAAAUUGAAAAAAGAAUUCUAAUCCUAGCCCAAUUAUUAAAUCCCACAAAGUACAUAAACCCCAAAGAUAACCCAUACAAUUAAUUCUCUCUCCUUCUUCACUCAAGACCCACAACAUUUUUUUUCUUUCUCUUCCUCUUUCACGUAAUUCCUUCUUCUCUUCUUUCUCUUUCACGUGCAUCCCUUUCCUCCUCUUUUCUUUUCUCUCGAACACCAGCCACCACCACCUAAUCCACGUUGUUGAUGCGCCACCCCCUUGCCGCGCCACCGCUGUCCACCGCCCGCACUAGCCGUCGUUGUUUCCCAGUCAGGUCGGCACCCUUCUUCCUCCCCCUCGUUCUUUCCAUCUCUUUUUCCUCCUCUUUACUCCCUGUGCAAGUCAGCCACCACCACCACCAGCGCACGCCACCACCUCUGCGCCACCCGCCGCACCGUGCCACCAGCCGUCGACCGCCCUGCUGCUGCGCCUCCCUGCCCGCCGGCCAGUACUUCUCCCCCUCUUUUUUUGGUGGAGAAUUAGCUAUAGGCGACUUUUGAGAUUGUGAAAGUGGCCUCCCAAUUUGUUUACACAAGGUGGGGAAUUCUCCGUAGGCGACUUUUGAGUUGUUAUAGUGGCCUCGCUAUUUGUUUACGCAAGUUGCGCACACCCGCCCAGAAAUACCAGAGGAGAUUCUCACUUUCGCAGUUCCGAAGGUUUUUGAUUCACGCAAGUUUUCCGUACAAUCAUGGGGUUAACUCGUGAUUCUAAACAAGACCAUAAGAUAGACAAGGAAUUUAUGGCAAGCCCAAUAAAAUCAACUGUUGAUAAAUUUCAACUCAUUUCUGAGUUUUUGAAGAUGAGAGGGUUAGUGAAGGAACAUUUGGAUUCUUACAAUUACUUUUUGAAUACCGUAAUGAAGAAGAUGGUUCGAGUUAACAAUGAAAUUCGGUCAUCUGUUGACCGUGGUAUCUAUCUCAAGUUUAUUGAUAUAAAAGUUGGUGAACCAUCUGUUAUGUUGGACGGUGUCGCUGGGAAGAUCAACCCUCAGUCGUGCAGACUAUCAUCUAUGACGCUCGUAACUGUACCCUUUCUACCUUAUUGGUUUUAGAUCAUGUUCAUCCUUAGGGUAGCGUAGUUGCCAUUGCUUUUUACUUUACUUGCUGCAAUUAUACUAUACAUAACAUUCUUUGUUGGCUUACCUUACACUGGUUAUACGCGUAUGAUCCAUUUUUAUAUUUUAUCAAGUUAUCAACUCAUAUGACGGAGUUCCGGAACUA